GGAUGCUGGCGACUCCUUGAAUGACUGCAGAAUUAUACUAGUGGAUGAAAUUUAUAAAAUUGAAGAACCAGGCAGUGCUUGUCCAAUUAGUGCCAGUCCAUUAAAACGACAAAAUGGACCUGUGUGUAAAGCUUGUAAGGACAACCCGAACAAGACCUGCAGAAUUUGUGCUUGCCAUAUCUGUGGAGGUAAACAAGAUCCAGAUAAACAGCUAAUGUGUGAUGAGUGUGAUAUGGCUUUCCACAUCUACUGCCUCAACCCUCCCCUUAGUAGUAUACCAGAUGAUGAGGAUUGGUAUUGCCCUGAAUGUCGAAAUGACGCAAGUGAGGUGGUUUUAGCAGGAGAGAAAUUAAAAGAAAGUAAAAAGAAACAAAAGAUGGCAUCUGCUAAUUCAUCCUCGCGGAGAGACUGGGGCAAGGGUAUGGCAUGUGUCGGUCGCACGAAGGAAUGUACCAUCGUCCCCUCGAACCACUAUGGACCAAUUCCUGGGAUUCCGGUUGGCACCAUGUGGAAGUUCAGAGUUCAGGUGAGCGAAGCCGGUGUUCACAGGCCCCACGUGGCAGGUAUACAUGGCAGAAGUAACGAUGGCGCCUACUCCUUGGUUCUGGCAGGAGGUUACGAAGAUGACAUAGAUCAUGGAAAUUCCUUCACAUAUACAGGGAGCGGAGGGCGCGAUCUUUCCGGAAACAAGCGCACGGCGGAACAGUCUUGUGAUCAGAAACUCACCAACAUGAACAGAGCUCUGGCUCUCAACUGCAGUGCCCCCAUCGACGACAAAAACGGAGCCGAAGCCAAGGACUGGAGAGCUGGAAAGCCAGUUCGAGUGGUGAGGAACGUCAAAGGAGGCAAACACAGCAAAUAUGCCCCUGUAGAAGGGAACAGAUAUGACGGAAUAUAUAAGGUUGUGAAAUACUGGCCCGAGACAGGGAAAUCUGGAUUUUUAGUGUGGCGUUACUUGCUUCGGAGGGAUGAUGAAGAACCUGCUCCUUGGACCAAAGAAGGAAAGGAUAGGAUGAAAAAGCUUGGGCUAACGAUGCAGUAUCCUGAAGGGUAUUUGGAAGCUGUUGCAAACAAAGAUAAGGAAAAAGAAAAUAAUGGAGACGACAAGUUUGAUACCCCAGGGAAAGGAAAGAGGAAAAGGAAAUCAGCAGGUGGGGAGGAAAAACCACUCGCCUCUCCUGCAGGGACUCCAAAGAAAACUAAAGUUGAGCCAUACAAGCUGACAACCCAGCAAAAAUCUCUCAUAAAAAGCGAUGAAGCCAAUGAAAAACUGUGGAAUGAAGUACUAGAAGCUCUCAAAGAUGGACCGAAAUUUCUAAACAAAGUCGAAGAGGCCUUCCUGUGUAUUUGCUGUCAGGAGGUCGUGUUUCGGCCAGUCACGACCGUGUGCCAGCACAAUGUCUGCAAGGACUGUCUGGACAGAUCCUUCAAAGCCGACGUGUACAGCUGCCCGGCCUGCCGCUACGACCUCGGCAAAAGCUACACCAUGCAAGUGAACGAGACGCUGCAGAGCGUCCUGACUCAGCUCUUCCCCGGCUACGGCAACGGGCGGUGA